UUCAAGAUGCCGUCAACACCACAUUCCCUAUCUCCCCAAGAGGAACAGGAGAAGUUACUGGAGGAGGCCACCAGUGUGGUCAAGGUCCAGUCCUUCCAGAUGAAAAGAUGUCUUGACAAAGGAAAGCUGAUGGAUGGAUUGAAGCAUGCCUCAAACAUGCUGAGUGAACUGAGGACAUCCAUGCUCUCACCCAAGAGCUAUUAUGAGCUCUACAUGGCUAUCUCUGAUGAGUUACGCCACCUGGAGUUGUACCUGGUGGAUGAAUUCCAAAAAGGGCGCAAAGUUUCCGACCUCUACGAGUUGGUGCAGUAUGCUGGAAACAUCGUCCCCAGGCUCUAUUUGCUGAUCACUGUAGGCGUGGUCUACAUUAAAUCCAAUGAGUUAUCGAGGAAGGACAUCCUGAAGGACUUGGUGGAGAUGUGCCGUGGUGUGCAGCACCCACUGAGAGGACUCUUCCUGCGUAACUAUCUCUUGCAGUGUACAAGGAACGUCUUACCUGAUGUCGAGUCGGAUGAAAACGAAGACAACGGAACAGUGGUCGACUCCAUCGACUUCAUCCAACUCAACUUCAGCGAGAUGAACAAGUUGUGGGUGCGCAUGCAGCACCAGGGGCACUCACGUGAUCGAGAGAAGAGAGAACAGGAGAGGCGAGAACUACGGAUCUUGGUCGGGACGAAUCUGGUCAGACUGAGUCAGUUGGAGGCGGUCGAUAUUGAGAAGUAUAAGAAGCUUGUUCUCCCUGGGAUCCUAGAGCAGUGUGUCAGCUGUAAAGAUGCCAUCGCCCAGGAGUACCUGAUGGAAUGCAUCAUACAGGUUUUCCCUGACGAAUUCCACCUCCAGACCCUGAACAACUUCCUCCGAGCCUGUGCUGAGCUUCAUCAACAUGUCAAUGUCAAAAACAUCAUAAUUGCCUUGAUUGACAGGUUAGCACAGUUCUCUCAGAAAGAGGAGGGCACUGGAAUUCCCCACGAUAUUCAGCUGUUUGAUAUCUUCUCACAGCAGAUUGCACAAGUCAUUCAGAAUCGCCCCGAUAUGGCACCAGAGGACAUAGUCUCUUUACAAGUUGCCAUCAUCAACCUGGCAUUGAAGUGUUAUCCUGAUCGAGUGGAUUAUGUUGAUAAAGUCCUGGAGACAACCGAGGAUAUAUUCAACCGAAUGAAUCUAGACCACCUAGAGAACAACAGUCCAGUCUCCAAAGAGCUGAUGAAGUUGAUGAAGAUACCCGUGGACAUGUACAACAACAUUCUCACCGUGCUCAAGCUGGAACACUUCGGUCCGCUAUUUGAAUAUUUCGACUACCAGGCGAGGAAGGUGAUGAGCGCAUACAUCAUCAGCAAUGCUGUGGAGAAUGAGACGUUAAUACCAGAACAUGAACAGGUGGACUCCAUCCUGACACUGGCGGCGCCACUAGUCCAGGAUCAGAGCGAUCAGCCAACAGAAGACGAGGACCCAGAAGACUUUGCCGAGGAGCAGGGCCUGAUGGGGAGGUUUAUCAACCUCCUGCACUCUAACGAUUUAGAUCAACACUACUUAAUUUUGAAUUCUGCGAGGAAACAUUUUGGUAACGGUGGUGAGCGAAGAAUGAAAUACAGCCUUCCUCCGUUGGUGUUCUCGGCGUAUAAAUUAGCCUUUAGAUAUCGAGAUGCCAAAGAGGACGAUGAUAAAUGGGAGAAAAAGUGCCAAAAGAUUUUCCAAUUUUGCCACCAAACCAUCGUAGCGCUGAUCAAAGCGGAGUUGGCGGAAAUAUCUCUACGAUUGUUCUUACAAGGGGCGCUGACGGCCGGAGAGAUUCCGUUUGAGAACCAGGAGACUGUUGCAUACGAGUUCAUGUCACAGGCAUUUUCUUUGUAUGAAGAUGAGAUAAGCGACAGCAAGGCCCAGCUAGCUGCAAUAACUUUGAUCAUUUCGACAUUUGAGAGGAUGUCUUGUUUUGGCGAGGAGAAUCAUGAACCACUUAGAACGCAGUGUGCACUUGCCGCAUCGAAACUUCUGAAGAAACCGGACCAGUGUCGCGGGGUCUGUGUCUGCUCGCAUUUGUUCUGGUCGGGAAAGACGCGGGAAUCAGACGGAGAAGAGGUGCAUGAUGGCAAACGUGUGAUGGAGUGCUUGAAGAAGGGCUUACGAAUAGCUAACCAGUGUAUGGAUAACUCUGUGCAAGUUCAGUUGUUUGUAGAAAUUCUCAACCACUAUAUAUACUUCUAUGAGAAGGGGAAUGAUCAGGUGACGAUACAGGUCUUGAAUCAGCUGAUAGGGAAAAUAAGAGAGGAGCUGCCAAAUCUUGAAGCUAAUGAAGAAACGGAACAAAUCAACAAACAUUUCCAGAAUACAAUUGAACAUUUGAGAAACCGUAUGGAAAGUCCAGAGGGCGAGGGACCGUCCUAUGAUGGACUAACGCUAUAGAUUCAUGGUGCAUUUUUAAAGAGGUUUUCUUGGAAGCAAUGUGAAGCAGAGUCUCUAGGGGAAGUUUCCUUCACUCCUGGACCAAGGUACGCGUCAUUUUAGACACUGGAGGUACUGUGAUGCAUUCAGCUCGGGUUGGUCAGGUGCAAGUUAAGGCUUCAGACUCCUAACCAUGAGGCCAUGGGUUCAUCUCUUGGCCGGACCAAUUACGUUAUUAAGCCCCUGAAAUAAUCUACAGUUUUGUGUUGCCCCUGAAUUGUACAUUGUUUUGAGCUGCCAGGACAAGAGGUCCAGACUUAGGGGAGUUGAAUUUGGUGCAUAGAAAGGGAUUCAUAUGGUUGGGUUAACCAAAAGUCAAGUGUGUUCUUGUACCGUAAUCUGUGCUGUGGAUAAUGCAAUUUAUUCGAAAUAUGAAAACAAGGAAGUUCUCCAUCGUUCCAGGGCAGUUGGUGUAAAGGCCUGUCUCCACUGGCACUACAGCCAGUUACUGUCAUGGUUUUUCCGCUUUUACCGGCCUUUGUUGUCAGUUGCAAAUACAAAACUAGUAACUGACAUCAAAAUUAAUUGAAUGCCUGUGAAAAGUAUGUGGUUUCCCUUACUGGUGUGAGAAACGGGCCUUUACAAGGAUUGAUUUCCCACCAAUUCUAUUGGCUAUUGGCUAUUUGUAUAUAGUAUGUAAAUAGUCCUAAUUCAAACACUGUGUAGUAGAAUAGUAUUUAUAUGUACUGCUUUAUCUUUGGUUACAUGCAUUGAUGUUGUCUUGGAACGUACAAAUAUCCUUGAGUAAUUUCCAAUUACAAUUAUGUAAGAUUCUUCGAUUUGUUUUCUCAAGCUAAUGCCACAAUAUAGUAGAUGAAUGUUAGGGAGGUACCUGUUGUCCGAUAUCAAGUCUCAAAUGUAAAAAGUCUUGUACAAUGCAUGUUUAAAAUGAAAAUAAAGUGUAAUUGAUGAAAGAAACAUA